GUGCAGAUGGACAUGCAAGGACAAUGAGUGUCUAUCUAAGGGGCACUCCAACGAAAGGGUGUCACUAAGUCAUCAAUUUAGUGAGUAUUCAUGUCAAUUGGUUACUUCCAGAAGAAUUCGUCUGUUCACUGACUAUCAUACAAUCCCUCUUUACCGUGUUUCAGCCAUAGCAAGCUCCAGUGGACGCACGAUAGGUACCCUGGGCUGUCGGUGGCAGUUAUGCGACCGCCGGGCCGCCCCCGAGAAAAAAAAAAUAAGGGAUCUGGAUACUCGACUCGACCUUGAAAGUCUAGACUGAAUCAAACAAAGAAAACUGCCCCCAUUGUCACUCUUUGCUAUAUAUUUUUGCUCUACGCUUUCUUCUUUUCGCUUGGCUUGUUCUUUUUCUCCUAACGUGCAACAACCAAUUUUUGCAACGAUGUCUGACGACGAGGUCGACACCGAACUCUUGGAACUCCUCCGUCAACACCUUCAGGGGAAGAUUGAUAUCCAAGAGGAGCCCGAGACAGGCGUUCUCGAAAGCGCCGAAUAUGUCUACGACAGUUGUAUUGAUGUUGCCGUUGAUAUGCGUGCCUCGAAAAAGGCAGCGGAGAGCAUUUACGAGCAAAUGCAACGGAAGAGUUACUCAACUGCCACCUGGUCAGAGCAUGAACUUCACCCCAAGGCCAAGGACGAAACUACUGUCAACUUCAUUUUCACUAUGGACUUGCUAAACUUUUCUUUCUGGUCUGAGCUGCCUGAUGAUGAACGCUUUGCUAUUGAGUAUCGCGGGCAAAGAUGGACGGGUUAUUGGAGUUUGGUGGCAGCUCUUCAACGAGCACUUGAUGAAGGUAUUCCUAUCACGGAUCCUUUUUACUGGCAGAACGAAGAAGAGUGUACCCUUGAGACCCUCACACAUGUCUUCCGGUCAUGCACAGAAGAGGAAAUUCCCCUCCUCGAGGAACGCUUAGACUGUCUCCGAGAAGCUGGUCAAGUUCUCUCUAAACACUACGAUGGCUCUGUUGCAGAGCUCAUUUACGCUGCUGACGGUUCUGCAGCACGCCUGGUAAACUUGCUGGCGCAGGAUUUUGACUGCUUCCGUGAUGAGCAUCGUUUCGAGGACGGCAAGAUGAUUCGUCUAAUGAAGAGAGCACAAAUCCUCGUUGCGGAUCUCUGGGCAUGCUUCAACGGCGCGUCAUAUGGAGAAUUUCGAGACAUCGAUAAGAUCACCAUGUUUGCCGAUUAUCGUAUCCCUCAAAUUCUGAUGACUAUGGGUGCCUUGUACUGUUCUCCAACCGUCGCAGCUGCCAUCAAGGACAAGAAGAUGAUAAAGAGCGGAUGUUCAUGGGAGCUACAAAUACGAGCAUCUGGUGUGUCGAGCUGAUUCGACGAGAGAUUCUGCGUCAACACCCUGACGCUCAUGUCAACGCCAUCCUAAUAGACUUUUUCCUCUAUGACAGCAUGAAGGAACUAGAAGCGGCGGGCAAGGAACCCAUUCCCCAUCAUCGGACAAGGAGUAUUUGGUACUAGAUGAAAGCCGCGAGGCCUGUUCCCUCUAGAUUUUUGUGUGUUUUGACAGUCAAGUUUAGAUCAUAGAUUUCUCAUUCGACGAGUUCUUUAUGCGCUUAUAGAACAAUUAAGA